AUGAUCUCCAUCCUAACAUGGAACAUAAGAGGGCUUAAUAUACCCUUUAAACAGUCUGAAAUCAGGAAUCUGAUUUCUGAUAAAAGAUUAGAUAUUGUCUCAAUCAUUGAGACUAAGAUCUCCCCCACUAAUAUUACAGUUGUCGAUAGUAGAAUUGCAGCUCACUGGCCAUUGAUCCAUAAUUAUUCCUUCACCCAGCUUUGUAGAAUCUGGGUUAUGUGGAAUCCAAACGCCAUUGAUCCCAAUGUCAUUACCACUACUAGGCAGUCCAUACAUUGUUAUAUCACUAUCAUUGGGCAGCAUAUCAACUUCUAUACCUCAUUUGUCUAUGCUUCUAAUUCUACUAUGGAAAGACUCUCCCUUUGGGAUGAUAUCAUAAGCCACUCCACACUUGUUUUCAAUAACCUUUGGAUUUUGAUGGUAGAUUUUAACAUCAUCUCUAAUACUGGUGAGAAAAAUGGUGGUUCAACUAGAGGAUGUCCAGCAAUCAAUGAUGUAUGUGAAUGUCUCCAACAAGCUAAGCUUGAGGAUCUCAAAUUCACUGGGAUUCUAUUCACAUGGAACAAUAGGAGCUUGGGUAAUGCUUGUAUUGCGAAAAAACUUGAUAGAGCGCUCAUCAAUUAUCACUGGAAUGCUACACUUCCUAGUUCUGAAUACACCUUCCUUCCCCCUGGAGUGUCUGACCAAAGCCCUAUCUUGGUCACAAUCAAUUCUAACUCUCCUAAAAAGUGUUUACCUUUCAGGUUUUUCAAUGCAUGGUGUACUCAUCCUCAAUUUCUUCCCUCUGUCCAAUGUGCCUUGAGCUAUUACAUUGCAGGUACUGCUAUGUUUCAAGUGGUUCAGAGGCUAAAAAAACUUAAGCACAUCCUCAAGUCUAAAUGUAGAAAUGAUUUCUCUGAAGUGGCUUCAAAGAUACAGGCAGUGAAAUGGGAACUUGACAAAUGCCAACUUGACCUUGAUCACAAUCCCAGUGACAUUCAACUCAGAUUACUGGACCUCUUUCUCACGAAGGAGUAUAUGAGGCUUGCAGGAAUACAGGAAAUCAUGCUUAGGCAGAAAAUCCAGAAUGGUUUGGCUCAAACUUGGUGA